UUCGUCCGCCUCUGCGCGCUCUGGGUCUCGCCUAGAACCAACUGCGGCGGAUCGCUCGGUCACCAAAAAGCUCGCCGAAUCGGUUUAGAGGUUUGGGGAGCGGGGGACUGGGGACCGGAUAAGUUCGGGUUUGGUGCGUUUGGGGACUGGGGUGUUAGAGUUUGCAGUUUUUUUCUUGCGCACCAACCAUGGAGACUCUCAGAAGUCUCCUCGCGAUCCUGUGCGUUUUCCUGGUUGAAGCCCAAACGCAACCUAAAGACAAAACCUUUUCGGAUUGUCCUGUUGACCUUUACUUCGUGCUGGAUACAUCUGAGAGUGUCGCGCUCAGACAGAAGCCUCCAGAAUUUUAUAUCGACCAGAUCAAAAACUUCACCAAGCUUUUCGUAGAUGAACUGCAGGACAAGCGCUACAAAUGUGACCGUAUCCUAACGUGGAACUCAGGAGCCCUGCACUACAGUGAUGAUGUCAUCAUUGUGCGCGGCCUAAGUGACAUGAAGACCCAACGCAUCGACCUCCAAAAAGACAUCGAUGGCAUCAAAUACAUCGGCAAGGGCACGCACACUGACUGUGCCAUCAGGAGAGGCCUCGCUGAGCUGCUCACUGGGGGUUCCUACUAUCAUGAGAACAAGUACAUCGUGGUGGUUACAGACGGUCAUCCCAUGACUGGUUACAAAGAGCCAUGCGGAGGUGUCGAGGAGGCUGCCAACGAAGCCAAGCACCAUGGGGUCAAAGUGUUCUCCGUUGCCAUCACACCUGACCAGGAGGACACCAGGCUGUCACUCAUCGCCACAGACCAGAACUAUCGACAGAACUUCACGGCUGCAGACGACUCCAGAUCCACCAAGAUCGGAACUAUUCGCACAAUCAUUGACAUUAUCACAAACGAGACAAAGGAUGUGUGUUGUUCUUUCGACUGCAACGCUCCAUCGGGGCCCAAAGGAGAUACCGGAGAAUCUGGUGCCACGGGAGAAAGAGGCAGACCAGGAAUGCCAGGAGAGAAAGGAGAGGCUGGCGAAGUGGGCAGUGUCGGCGAUGCUGGUCCUGUUGGUUACCGUGGAAUGAAGGGAGACCGUGGGGAUAGAGGAAUAAAGGGGGAUAGAGGAUUCAAAGGCUACAAGGGAGACAAAGGUCAAAGAGGAAACGAUGGAAUUGAUGGACGUAAGGGUGAGGCUGGUUUCCCUGGACUUCCAGGCUGUAAAGGAUCUCCCGGAGCAGAUGGCCAGCAGGGAGACGCGGGACCAAAGGGAGACCCUGGCUCUUAUGGACAGAAAGGAGCAAAGGGUGAUCCUGGUAGAGAUGGUGAACCAGGCAGACCUGGCAACUAUGGCUCCCUGGGACCUCAAGGUGAUCGGGGUCCUCGAGGACCCGAUGGGGACAAAGGAGAGCGCGGUGAUGAUGGGCUUCCUGGACAGGACGGGGAACGCGGAGACAAAGGCCAACCCGGAGAGAAAGGAGAGCAAGGUACGCGUGGAAACAGAGGUCCGAGGGGAGAGCCAGGUGAGCCAGGACCCCGCGGCGAGCAGGGGAGGGAGGGCACAACCGGCCCCAACGGAAGUCCUGGCGAGCCUGGCAGGGACGGGCCUCCUGGUUACAGAGGGGAUGAAGGCCCAGCUGGGCCAGAGGGACCUAAAGGACAGAGAGGAAUCAAAGGAGCUCCAGGAGACAGAGGCCCCAUAGGGAACAGAGGAGAAGAUGGAAACCCAGGAAAUGGUACAGCAGGUUGUCCUGGCUUCCAGGGUUAUCCUGGAUCCCGUGGAGACCCCGGUGAGCCGGGUGGCAAGGGGACUCCUGGACCCAAAGGAGAUGACGGAGACCCUGGUGAUUCAGGACUCGAUAACAAUCGUCCAGGGCCUGAUGGACCUAAAGGGGCCAAAGGUCACAGAGGACCUGAGGGCAGACCGGGACCACCUGGGCCUCCUGGUCCACCAGGAACUGAUGAAUGUGAAAUUCUGGACAUCAUCAUGAAGCUCUGCUCUUGUUGUGAGUGUAAGUGUGCACCUCUGGAUCUGGCUUUCAUUGUGGACAGCUCGGAGAGUAUCGGUGCCACAAACUUUGCUCUUGCCAAAGACUUUAUCAUUACAGUCAUAGACAGACUGAUCAAAGACCAGCACGUCAAGUUCGCAGCUAAUGAGUCCAAAGUAAGUGUGGUCCAGUACAGCGGUUUGGAAGCCCAAGAGGUCGUCCACCUGGGCGACAGCCUCACACAGUUUAAACAGGCGGUGAAGGACCUGAGCUGGCUGGCUGAGGCCACAUACACAGGCAAGGCCCUCGACUAUGCUCUGGAAAAGACGAUCAAAAUGAUGAGAGAGGACAACCGAGUGGUUCUCGUUCUCACCGAUGGACGCUCCGAUAUCUCCAGGGACACGACUCCCCUUAACGUGCUCUGCGGCAAAAACAUUAGGGUGGGCGGUUUGGGAGUUAAGGACUACUCAGGCCGCGAGCCCAACCAGGAGCAGCUUGAAGACGUGGUUUGUAAGAGUGACCCCAAACCGGGCUUCUCCUUUGUCCUGGAGAACUUCGCCGAGCUGCUGGACGACACCUUCUUGCAAAACCUUACGUCUAGAAUUUGUCAAGAUAAGAAAUGCCCAGACUAUAAAUGUCCUAUCUCUUUUGCAGAAAAUGCCGAUGUUUUUAUGAUGAUGGACAGCUCGGCCAGCGUGGGCCAGAAGAACUUUGAGACAAGCAAGGCCUUCGUCCAGCUCCUGGCCGAGCGUUUGCUGAGAGCCGAGAAAUCAAGGGGCGUGACCAUCAAGGCGGGCGUGGGCCAGUACAGCCGGAUCUCCCAGAUGGAGCAGGCCCUGACCUCCAACCUGACCCUGCUGUCCUCUCAGAUCGCCAAGGCCACCUUCCAGAACGACGUCACCGACCUGCUGGGGGCCCUGGAGUUUGCUGUUAGAAACCUGCGCAGCCGCGGGGAUUCGUCGGGAGGCAGGAAGAAGUUGCUGCUGUUCUCCGACGGCAGGUCUCAGGGAGCCACCGAGGCGGUGCUGGAGAAGCGUGUCCGUGAGAUGGCGGACGCCGGCGUGGACGUCUUCGUCAUCGCCGUCGGCAGCCAGGUGAACGAGGCCAAUCUGCGCAUACUGGUGAGCAAGGGGCGACUGGACGACAUCACCUACGCCGAGCGCCACCUGUUCCGUGUUCCAGACUACGCCUCUCUGCUCCGCGGGGUCUUCUAUCAAACCGUCUCCCACAGGGUGGCCAUGGGCUAAACGCCCAGCCCCACAACAACAGGACCAACACGCUUUAGUUUUUUAUUCCCAUUAUGAAUAUUCAGUCCCACUCAUAUACCAUACACUGUGUUCAAAUACGUUUUUUAAGGCAAUGUCACAAAGCGACAAAUGAUUGUGUGGCAAUAAAGGAAAUGUCUUUGUGUAAUGUCCUCUGACUUUUUACCCUCCAAGGUUUGUCAUCUCAGGCUGAGUACAGAUUUCAUGUUCAAUUGAUGUUUUAUUUUAAUUAGCACAUUAGCACAUAGCUUGUGGUAAUUUGUUCCUUGUGAGGAUAUUUUCUUCAGAAUCUCAUAUCAGAAGCGGUCACUCCAGUCCUGGAGCGCCAUCACAAAGGGCCACGUUUGAACUUAUUCCUAGCUUUAACAGGCUGAUUUCCACUCAGGUACAGUGUGAUCCAUCCCUGUCUCACUAUCAGCUUUGACCCACUAAUUCAGCUAAUUUAAGUUCAAAGGUACUCAUUGCUGCCUCUCAGGACUGGGUCUCCGGUUGUAGACCAGCUUAGGCUGGCUGUCUCUAAAUGAAUAUAAACCAGAGGGCUGGAUUGUGUUUGAGUUGUCCAAUGUUUAAGUGAUUUGGAGAUUGUGACAUAUUCCAAGAUGAACAUCACUUGAAAGUUUUAUUAAUGUACCAGCCCGACAGAAGAAAACAGGAUGUAACACCAGGCAGUCUCUAAAACAAAGCCCAUCAGGACAUCACCUGCUUCUACAGCUGGACUCAGCAUGACUUACAUGUACAUGUGUGGUGGUGGUGAGGUGAUCUUUGUGUGAAGCCUUAGGCGGUGGUCCCAUAAACAGGGGUCUCCAGUUUAAAACACAGAAACAUGUUCUUUAUUACCUGUGUGGCAGAGAAGCCGUCAAACACACACUGAUGCGUUUUGGUGAUGAUGAAACAUCUGCAAUAGUUGAAGCUUGCUUACACACACACACACACACACACACACACACACACACACACACACACACACACACACACACACACACACACACACACACGUCAGUUGUUAUUUUGAGUCUCGUCAUAUGUGGGCCGUCUGUCCUGGUGUUAUACCUGUGGUGCUAUUAGUCUCAUUGUAUCUGCUCGUACCCAUGUUGUUAAAGACCUUGUUACCUGAGGAAACAGCCAACUCAAAACUGUUGGAACAGCUCCUUCAAUAAAGGUUGCUACACCAAA